AUGAGCAAGUCCCUACGCCAACCGGCAUAUACUUUGGUAUAUGACCCCAAUCCGAACGCUGUGGGCUACACAAUUGCUGAAUUACAGAAAUCUUUGGAAAAGGGGUCUGAAGAGGAAAAGAUUGAGACGAUGAAGAGAAUUCUUGUCACAAUGCUUGAUGGUAAUCCACUUCCUGAGCUUUUAAUGCACGUCAUCAGAUUCGUGAUGCCAUCUAAAAACAAGCAGAUGAAAAAGCUGCUGUACUUUUAUUGGGAAAUAGUCCCUAAAUUGGACGCUGAAGGAAAAUUGAGACAGGAAAUGAUUUUGGUAUGCAAUGCAAUUCAACAUGAUCUACAGCAUCCAAAUGAAUAUAUCAGAGGUAACACUCUUAGAUUUUUGAUGAAACUCAAAGAAGCUGAUUUGUUGGAACAGAUGGUACCAGCCGUCCGCGCAUGUUUAGAAUACCGCCAUGCCUAUGUGCGUAAAUAUGCGAUAUUGGCAGUUUUAUCCAUUUACCAAGUUAGCGAGCACUUGAUACCAGAUGCAUGUGAAGUCAUCAACUCGUUUCUGGUUGCUGAAACUGACCCAAUAUGCAAGCGAAACGCUUUCUUAGGACUAGCUAGUCUUGAACGCGAGUCUGCUUUGAACUAUUUACAGGAAAAUAUUACGUCGAUUGAAAACCUGGAUUCUUUACUGCAGGAUGCAUUCAUAGAGUUCAUUAGAAGAGAUGCCAUUCAAACUCCAGCUCUGAAGACUCAAUACGUCGAUUUGCUACAAGAUUUGCUGUCUUCCACGAACUCUAACGAAGUGAUUUUUGAAGCCUCUAUUGCACUUACUGUUUUGAGCAAUAAUCCUAUAAUUCUUUGCGAGGUUGCAACAAAGCUUAUUGACCUUGCUGUCAAGGAAUCUGAUAAUAAUGUCAAGCUCAUUGUGUUGGAGAGAAUACAAGAUAUUCAUACUAGAAACCCGGGGUCUCUUGAGGACCUUGCAUUGGAUAUUCUUCGUGUACUCAGUGCACAAGAUCUCGAUGUUAGAGCGAAGGCGCUCGAAAUAGCAUUGGAACUGGUCACGUCCAGAAAUAUCGAUGAUGUUAUCAAACUUUUGAAGAAAGAGCUUCAAAUCACAGUUUCAAACUCACAAGAUGACGAGAAAGCACUUGAGUAUAGACAGUUACUGAUCAAGAAUAUACAUAAAGUUGCCAUCAAGUUCGUGGAAGUUUCUGCAGAUGUUGUUUCACUCUUCCUUGAGUUUGUUGGUGACCUAAGUUCAGACGCAGCCAGUGGGGUCAUUUCUUUUAUUAAAGAAGUGAUUGAGAAGUAUCCACAAUUAAGGGAAGAUAUCCUUCAACGUUUGAUUGGGGCUUUAUCUAAUGUCAAUUCUGCCAAAGCUUAUCGUGGAGCCUUGUGGAUACUAGGCGAGUCAUCUUUGGAUGCAAGCGAUAUUCAGUCCUCUUGGAAGCAUAUCCGAAGUAGCAUUGGCGAAGUUCCAAUUGUUCAAGCAGAGAUGCUACGCUUGAAUAAUGGCGAGGAACAGGCUGAAACUAACACCGAGCAAAUCGCUCCAACUGGUCCCGUCGUUUUGCCUGAUGGUACUUAUGCAACUGAGUCUGCGUUUACUACUGUUCAAACCAAGUCCCUCAGUAAGGAGGAGAAAGAUUCCAGACCACCAUUGCGUCGUUUUAUAUUGAAUGGCGAUUUUUACACAACUUCUGUGCUGGCAACAACGAUCGUAAAACUUGUUAUACGUUUCGAAAAAAAAUCAACCGAUGAAGCACUCAUCAACGCAAUGAAGGCAGAGGGUCUAUUGUUUUUGGUCAGCAUUUUGAGAGCAGGACAGAGUAAUAUUGUCGAGAAAAAGAUCGAUGAGGAUUCCGCAGAAAGAAUUAUGGCGGCUAUUUCGAUUUUGAUGGACGAAACGAAGAAGGAUGAGUCUUCCGAGGAGCAGCAGCUUCUAGAAAUGGCCUUUUUGGAUGCAACUAAAUCCUCCUACAAAUCUCGGGUUGCCAUUGCCCAACGGAAAUCUGACAAAAAAUCUGCAUCAGUUUUGGCUCAAUCAGCUGAACCUAUCGAUAAAUCUAUAUCAUUCAGGCAAUUUGCUCAAGCAGACAUCCAUAGUACGCCAGUGGAUACGAUUGAUCAGGAUUUGGAAAUUGCAAUUUCUGGUGGUUCUUCUGUAGAGAAGCAGCAAGUGAAUUCCAUCGCAUCUAAGUUGAAGAAAAUCGUUCCUUUAACGGGGUUUUCAGAUCCUGUUUACGCCGAAGCUUACAUUACGACACAUCAAUUCGAUGUUGUUUUAGACGUGCUGUUGGUUAACCAAACGAAGGAGACAUUGAAAAACCUGCACGUGCAGUUCGCAACUUUGGGUGAUUUGAAAAUAAUUGAUAAUCCUCCUAGCACAAACGUCAUUGCCCAUGGCUUUCAUAAGCUGACAGUCACGGUAAAGGUUUCAUCUGCAGACACGGGAGUGAUUUUUGGUAACAUCAUAUAUGAUGGUGGACAUGGUGAAGAUUCCCGCUAUGUCAUUAUGAAUGAUUUGCAUGUCGAUAUAAUGGACUACAUCAAACCGGCCAAAACAGAUGAUGCUACUUUCCGUAAAAUGUGGAAUGCCUUUGAAUGGGAAAACAAAAUCACUGUAAAGUCCAAAUUGCCUACGUUACAUGCAUACCUUGCGGAGCUAGUAAAGGGCACUAGCAUGGGUAUCUUAACACCUGAAGAAGCUCUAGGUGACGAAGAUUGCAGAUUCUUGAGUUGCAAUCUUUAUUCUAAAUCCUCAUUUGGCGAAGACGCUCUCGCAAAUCUCUGUAUUGAGAAGGAUCCAGUUACAAAUGAGAUUGUUGGACAUGUACGUAUUCGUUCUAAGGGUCAAGGCUUGGCUCUUUCUUUGGGCGACAGAGUUGCCCUUAUUGCGAGGCAGAUGAAUAAGAUAACGUUGGAUCGUGUCUAA